AUGGCUGACUGCGAGAAGGAGGAGGCUCACAAUCUCGAAUGUGCACAAAGAUUUCCAUUAGCAUUGUUCGGCAAUGAUCAACAUAACAAGACCGAUAGAUUUGUGUUCACAGCAUCGCAUGAUCAAGUGAAAUGUGUAGCUGUUUUAACUGGUGACAGCAUUACAAACGCAGAAGUCAAUUUUAAAGUACAACGUCAGCAAAAUGUUAACAUGAGGACGAGUAUACAAAGUGAGCAUCCUUGGAAAUUACAACAGAUACAAGAUGCUGCCAAUCAUUUACAGCAAGCUAUUGCUCACAUAGAUAAUGUCGAUCGUCAUUAUCCUUUCAAAACAUCCGAUGAAGUUAUGCACAUAUUAGGAAACAUACUUGGUUGCCUUCAACGUAGUCGAACAAGUUUAAUUGUUCCCAGAAAGAGAACAAUCGAUGAUCUCAUCAAAAGUCGUAAUAUGAAAUCAUUGAAUCCUAAUCUUCCAGAAAAUUUGGCUAUUAGCUUUUAUAUUCAAAGCUAUAAACUAGUGUUGGCAAUAUACCAGUUAGAAAAUGCGCACGGAAGCGUUAAGUACGAAACGCAACAAGCAGAAUGUAGUGUACCAUGGUUAAACGAUGCUCUAGUGUUGCUAACUGUAGCACUACAGCUUUGUCAGCGGUUAAAAGACAAGAUCUGUGUUUUCUCUCAAUACAAAGAUUUCACGGUCGGUCCUCAAGUUUCUAUUGCAGUGGGCUGGUAAUAAAGUUAUGUUUUAAUAACCGAAUAAUCUUUAGCUAGAAGAUUCUGUACAUGUAUACAUAUUACGAAACUGGCCACAGUCAAUGCUCUGGUAGCAUUUCUAGUGGAUUUUAUUUUUAAAAACGUAAUUCAGUUUUGGAAGCAUCACUAAGCUAUAGGACGUACAGAAACAAUGUUUUCAAAGUGACAUACAGUGACUUAAUAUUCGGAUACCUUUUUAAUCAGAUCACGCAACUUAAUUUUCAUUUGGAUAUUACAAGGCUUCAUUUAUUAGAGAAUAUGACAGUAUAACAGACACUUAAUUAUACAAAAUGUAUGCUUUAAAUUUCUAUUCGAGAUCCGAGUAAAAAGUGAAGAGGUGUGACGUUUAGUUUACUCUUUGCUAUUAACAGCAAUUAAUAACGUCGACGUUACACAUUAUUUAUAAAACUAAGACUUCUAACAUCUCAACGAACAUUAAGUUAUUCGAGCCAAUAUUAAUAAUGUUUUUCAGGUUUAAACGCUGUUGUAAUAUUAAUGUGAGUCACUGUACGUAUAUUUUACAUGAUACAGAGUGUCAAAUAUAGAAGUUUAAUUCUACAUGGAAAAGAAUUUACAUGAGUGAAAUUCUUGUAUAUCAGUACAAGAUCUGAGACUUUGUGUAUUGUGUAACAUUAUUCAUGGUCUUAAGAGUAUUUUCACGCACCUGUAUCCGGUUAAAUUAACGUCGAGCUUUGUUUGAUAAUAAUUUUCACAGUUGUAUAAAGAGCUUUUAUCUAAAAGUAGUGAAUAAGUACACACUAUCGAUUUGAUUGAUGGAAUAGUUAGCCAGUA